ACGCAUCAACUUUUAUGCAAUAAAGUCGCAAAUUAACACUGUAAAGUAGGCUGGUAGGGCUGUAAGUUGGGUGUAGGGUAGAAUAAUUUGGCAGUCCAGCAGUCUGGGGAUAAUUUUUAGUGUCAUACGGUACGAUAUACCGGUACCGUACGGUACCGGUACCGGUAUAUUUCAAUUCAAGCCGAAUUCAGUUAGUGAGAUCAACUAGCUGACUGGACUAAAAUUCCAUACAACUUGUAUUAAGUACCAGUACUGGAGUAGGGUAGGUUUUACUGUCUGAUUGUUGAAUCACAAUUGCCUGCUUAGUCAGACAAUGAUUACAAGCAAUUUGUUUCGAAAAGAACCGAACAGAAGAAUACUUUCAAUACUACGCCCUAUUUCAGAGAAGUACACUCAUUUUGGAUAUCAGCAAGUUCCAGAAGAAGAAAAAGCAGAAAGAGUUCAUGAUGUGUUUGCAAAUGUUGCUAAAUCUUAUGAUGAUAUGAAUGAUGCCAUGAGUUUUGGAUUGCAUAGGAUAUGGAAAGAUGCGUUCAUGAGAUAUCUUAACCCUGGUCAUAAUGUUUCUCUACUAGAUGUAGCUGGUGGUACAGGUGACAUUGCCUUUAGAUUUUUGAAGUACAAUUCUGGAACUGGUUUGCAAAAUUCUAGCAAUCGAAAAGUUACAGUUUGUGAUAUAAAUCAAGCAAUGCUUGACGUCGGGAAGAAGCGAGCUGGAGAUUUGGACAUUGACACGGAAAAGUUGUCUUGGGUUUGUGGUGAUGCUGAGAAAUUGCCAUUUGAAGAUAAUCUUUUUGAUGCAUACACUAUCGCAUUCGGCAUUCGAAACUGUACACAUAUACAAAAGGUACUUGAAGAGGCAUACAGAGUCUUAAAACCUGGUGGACGUUUUCAAUGUUUAGAAUUUAGCCGAGUAAACCAUACAAUACUUCGCAGAUUAUAUGAUGCUUAUUCAUUUCAAGUUAUUCCUGUAAUGGGGGAAGUUAUAGCAGGAGAUUGGAAAUCAUACCAAUAUCUAGUAGAAAGCAUUAGACAGUUUCCAGAUCAGGAAACAUUUGCAGAAGCCAUAAGAAAUAUGGGUUUCAAGUCGGUCGAAUAUUCUAAUAUGACUUUUGGUGCUGUUGCAAUUCAUUCAGGAUUUAAAGUUUGACAUUCGACCAAAUGCUGAUCGCACUGAAGUAUGAUCAUUGUUGUUUCCUAAGACAGGAUGCAAAAGAUGAUGGAAAUGAUUUUGCAGAGGCCGCGUUGACUAAAUGCAUUAAUUCACAGAAAAAUUGAUGAAUUGUGACAGCUAUGCAUUCUUUUUAUAUUUAUAAAUAAAUGCAAGCAAAAAUACUGGCUAUUGUUGC